CUUAAAGCCGUUGCUAUUGUCAAGGUUCCUUUUCUAAAAUUCGAGGGUUAGCAAAACAUUUGACUUCACUACUAGGGACAGAAGAUCGAACGAUCUAUAUUAAUCUUUUUAAUUUUUGUAUUCAAUCUCGCUUCAGAUGCACCAUCAGAAGGUGUUGUUAUUACAUAUUAUGUUGUCGAAUUCUCGUAUUUCACUACUUGAUGCGAGAAGUAGUUUUGCGUAAAACACCAGAUGUAGAUGAUGUGAUUUCGAUCCCUGUAUUUCCUUGGGAUGUACCUUUGGAUGAUAAGCUUUAAGUGGAUGAAAGGAUGGAGUUAGUUAUAUUCAAAUUAUUUUCAAAAACUGGUUUAGUCGAUACAAAUUUUUGUAUCAUUUUUAAAAAGAUGAAAAUCAACGACUAUUUAUGAUGAACGUAGUUUUGGAAUUGCUUUGAGCAGAAAUAACAGAAUGUCUCAUUUAUCUCUCAUUUAUUACAUGUUGGUUUCUCCAGAUGAAGAUUUCCUAUGAUAUAAAUUGUUAUAAAUGCGCCGGUGCGUCUUGGAGGUAGUUGCUCAAUGUUUUAUUGAAUGAAAUUUCCUGUGUUUAGAGCAUGAUUUGGGUCUACGUGGCAUAAAAAAAUUCAAGUCUUCUCUCAUUAGCAUUUCUGAUGGGGAAUUAUUUAGGCUCUACUUGUUUUUUUGGGUCAUUUCGACGUUGAUUUAGUUAGUAUUUUACAGAGUUGUAAACUGACCUGUUGUUAUCGUUUUGUUUUUGAAAUCAAAUCAGAUACUUUUAAAGUGAGAAUACGUUCUUUCAUUUUGGUUUCUCUCUCUCAUAAGCUUUACCUUCUAUGGUAAAGGAAGUGGGAAGGAAAGUCCACACAAACUGAAAGUGAUAAAAGCCUUUCGCCUAGGAGGAAAUACUGGCACCGAAGAUCUAAAGUACGAUGAAGCAAAUACGUUUCUGCUAUUGUUAUUGAUAAAUCUAUGUCACAAAACGUCUCCAACUGCUGAUUGGGUUUGUUGCGUUGGCUCCUACCAUGUAGCCUCCAUUUUAAAAAUGCGUCAAACCAAUGGCCGUUCACAUAUGGACUGCGGUCGCAUUAUGAUUUGACGAAUAUUUUAAGAAGGAACAAUCUAUCUAUUAAAUAUUCCAAUAAGGCAUUAAGAAUAUAGAAUGUACAAAACGCAAUUAAUUUGGCUUCACAAUAGUAAAUAGGUUUUUCUACCACGUGUUAACUUAAUAACAACAUUGAAAUUACUUGAUUUUAGUAUUAUCUUUAAAAUAAAUGUGCUAAUCACAAGAUGUUAAAUAUUUAAAAUAAUUGUGAAAUUAUACAAAUAAGAAAUUAGAAAAAUUAACUAAUCAGUCUUCACAAGUAAGAAAUAUGGUAUCAAAAAUUUGUGAAUGCCACGAAUCAGGCUUAAUCAUGAGGAUUUAUUUGAUUUGGUACUCAUGUAAAUGAAGGAAUUUGGAAGAAGAGUCUAGCUUGAUUAAGACUCAACAUAAAUCUAAAGAUAAUAUUUUUAUCAUUUUAACGAUAAGCAUCGACUGGACGUGCGAUGACAUGAGGCUAUCUAUAAACACAGUUAUUGGAUUUCCAGUUUUCAUACUCGGUUUAACUAUCUGAAUAAAAAUGUUUGACCUAUUAAACACAUCUUAGUUAUUUAGUGAUAAAAGAAUGCAUAUAAAAAAUUACCACAGUGACAAUGACCAUUUUUUAGAUCCUAGUGCCUAUUUUUGAACUACCUAAAGGUUUGCUGAAUUUUUACUCAUUGUUAUAGCUAUGUUGUUUUCAAUACGUCACAACAUGAUUUCCAAGAAAAAAUACGUGAUUGUUUAGGUAUCCCUGUUAGAUUACUCAUAAAGAAUGAAAUAGCCAUAAAGCGAGUAUGUAUCUCUAAAAAUGGAAUUCCUCCUACACUUUUAAACUUUUGUAAUUAUAAGGCAUUACAAGCAUAAUUGAUUGUAUUGUUCUGUAACCGAGAAAAGCACCAAAGACAAUAUCUCACACUGCAGUAUCGUAUACAUUACUUGUCACGUAAAUACGCGAACCAUGGUCGUAGAAACCUUAUUUUACAAAUUUGGGGGUAAAUUAAUUUUAUUUUUCCAAAAAGACAACCCAUGUUUGUUAGCUUUCUUUUUUGGUUUUCAUUUCUCCCAUACGGAAUGUUCCUGGAAUUGUUAAGAAGUCAGGCUUGCUGACCACUUCAAUUUUUUUGCAUUCAUUAACACUGAGGGUUAGCAUUCUUUUAAGUUUUGUGUUACCCUUACAUUUAUCAUGCUCUCUACUGAAACACCUGGUUCACGUUUAGAGGGACCCUUUCUCCAAUCUUUUAUCUCUGUAUAUGGUAUUCAGCGUUUUUUAUCUCUCCUCAGAGUUUUUUCAGAGUUUGUUAAAAGCCUUAGUUACCCAUUUUAUUGAAUAGACCAUUUUUAAUGAUAACUUUAUUUGAUAUCAUCGUUACUAUUAAAAAUACCAUAUUUUAUUGAUUGAGGCAAUAUUUACUACAAAAAUAGUUUCAAAUAAGUUAACUUACAUGAUUUUUGAAAGCAAUGUUUCGACAUAACACUUAAUAAAAAAACCCCAACUUUUGUUUUUAGAAUAAAACAACAAAUACUCAUGCAAUUUAUUUUAUUUUUUCUUCUCAACUUAAAUCAUUCUGCUUGGGGUUUAACUGACGUUUUUACUAUUCCCAUUAUUCAGUUAGUGUAGUUCAGUAAAAUAAUCUUUACAAGUGCUUGUUUGAAUAAUGCAUAGAGAAUUUCUAUAUAUUCAACCAAUUGGAAGUGUGAAUUGGUUAUUACAUACACUUUAUACCCAAUCAGCGUUUUCCAAGUGUACAGAUAUCAUUAAAAAGUGUACUAAUGGGCAGUUUACGUUAAAUGACGAUUACCAUUUGUAUUGUUUAAGUCUAAUAAAUCGACUUGGUGGGUGUAUACAACAAUCCUUGGAUAGUUUAUUUAAAUGUUUGGAGCAUAAAAACAAGUCAGUUGAUAUAAUGAAGCAAAUCGCAAAGUCAUUGUAUUUACAAGGUCAUCAUAAUGAAGCAUUGGAAAUUUAUCAAGAUGCUUUAAAACUUAAUCAAAAUGAUUGGGAAAUACCAUUUGGACAAGGUAUAUGUUAUUUCUACAUGAAAAAAUUUGAAUCGGCUGAAAAGUAUUUUAAAAAAUCUAGUAAACUUACCAAAAGCAUUAAACCAUUGAAAUGGUUAACAAAAGUUCAUUUAGAAAAGAGCUCAAUAAAUUCUGCUAUUGCAACUUUGAAGAAAGCAACCUCACUAGUACCUGAAGAUCCGGAUAUCUUAUCUAAUCUGGGUUCAUUAUAUUUCCAAACCAAUCAAGAACAAUUAGCAUUUGAAUGUUUAAGCUCAGCAAUUAUUUUAAAACCGGAUCAUUUUGAUGCAAAUCAAUUAGCUGGUGUAGUUAUUACACUGCAUAAAGAUUAUGAUGUGGCAUUGAACAAAUAUCGAUCAAUAUUAAAACAAUCUUCUGAAAGUUCAAUAUUAUGGAAUAAUAUUGGUGUAGCACUAAUGGGUAAAAGAAACCUAAUAGCUUCUAUUACUUGUUUUAAACGUGCCAGUUACUUAACACCAUUCGAUUGGAGAAUAUCAAUUAAUCUGGGCAUAAUUUAUAUGCAUACAUCACAAUGGUUAAGUGCAUUUCAAUAUAUCACUACAUCAAUUAAUCUGUUUAAUAUGAUUAAACAAAGAUCAAUCCAUCGUUCUGUUAUAAAUGAUAAUGAUGACAAAAAUAACCAUAAAACUACUCAUGAUGUUGGCAUGUUAUAUUGUUUUUUGGGUUAUUGUUUAAUUAAAUUAAAUGAAUAUUCCAAAGCUUAUGAAGCUUUUAUGAAUGCAUAUAAACAAAGCAAUAAAAAUCCUUUAGUGAUUUUGAAUUGUGCAAAUUUUCUUGUCAAAUCAAACAAAAAAUUGGCCAAUCAAAUGUUUGCAAAAUAUAAAAAACUUAAUUUAACCGGUGAAUUUGAAUUACCAUAUUGGGUGAAUAAAAAUGAUGUGGAUAAAUUAGUCAAUCAAUUGGAUACACAUCUUAGACAAAAUACUAGAGAAUCAACUGAUUCUAUGCAAAUAUCAAUAUAG